UACUUCAUAAAUACUGUGAUUGUCAGAACUCGGUACAACUGAGAAACUGAUUAAUGAAUAAUAAAUUAAUAGAAAAAUAAAAACAAUUAACCAACGUGCUACUUUCACUAGUACUACAGACUUGGUAAAUUUUUAAUCAAUACGCAAUGGGUAAUUGGAAACUGGAAGUAGCUAGGAUGGCUAUGUAUACUUCUUUCCCGGUGGCAUUGUUUUUCUAUUUUAAUCAGCCAACAUAUUUCGAAGAGUGGGUUACAAACACUAAACGGCAAAUACUUCCACCAGAAAAUGUUAAGGACAAAGAAGCUUUCCACCAACUCGUAAGAGACAUGCGGAAAAAGCAAAUGCAAUCCCUGGAUGACUAAAUAGUAUGCAUUAAACACAUAAAAUUAUUUUAGGUAAUUAUUGUACAUAAAGAAUAGUUAUAAAGUUAUAUAUAU